AUGUCCAGCCGUCGCACCGAGGAAAGCGGCAGAGGACGACGUUCAUCAGACGUCCCGGCCUUCACGACGACGUGGUGCUCGAUCAAGUGGUAUCAGACGACGUUCACCAUCGUGAGCAGCCAUAUUGUGCAGAACGUGAAAUAUUUUGAUGACAAGAUCAUCCCAUUAGGAAAUAUUAUAUCUUGUGCUACGGACGAGGCAGCUCUGAUGACAGAAAUACACAAGGAACUCCUGCUGUAUUUAAAGAAUCGUUUUGUUUUCCAUUGCGUUAUUCACCGGCAGUAUUUAGUGGCAAAAGAUUUAGAAGGCCGACUGCAUGAAGCACUUUCUACAGUUAUAAAAGCUGUGAAUUAUAUUAAAUCAAAUCCUUCGCAAAGUUUACUCUUUCGUCAACUUCAUGAAGAAAAUGAUAAAGAACAUGAACGUCUUGCAUACGACAAUCUCUCUGGCUGUCAAAGAGAAACUAUCUGCGAAGAUUUGUACUUUUGGGUUACCUUAAAAAAUUUGGAAAGAGUGCGACUGAAGAAAAUAGCAAAGAUUAUAUUUUAUUUAUUCGAUAUAUUUGAUAAAUUAAAUUUGCUUGACAAACUGCUAGAAAAUAAUUCAAAUUUGGAAAAUAAAUCAAAUAUCGAUGUAGAAGUUGAAGAAUCAUGGAAAGUAAGAAAGGACAAAGGAGUGGAAACGGUAGUGGUGAAAUUAAAAGAGCGAAUGAGCAAAAAGCAAAUAAUGACCAGGAAGAAAAACUUGAAAACAGGAAUAUACAUAGAUGACCUAACACGAAAAGAAAGAGAAAUACAAGGGAAAUUAAGGAAACUGGCAGGUGAGAAGAGAAGAGAAGGAAAAAAGAUUACAGUAGGAUGUAAGAAAAUAGGAAUAGACAAAAAAUGGUAUAUUUGGAAUGAAAGAAAAGAAACUCUAGAAAAAGUGAUUGAGAAGGACAAGUACUGA